AAUCUAGGUACAUUGUACAGUUGAAUUUUGCAUAUUGUGAACUAUCUUGAGUGAAUACGUUAAGACGCUGCUGUUGGUAGACAAGAUUAGCAAGCUUUAUUGCUUUUCCCCAAUCACAGCAGUUAUGUUAAACGAACAUUUCGGAUAAGUGCUUCUUUAUGUUGAUGAAAAUAGAAAGAAAAUAUAAGAGCCUGGUAUGCCUCCUGGCGAACCUCCUGAACCCCCAGUGUCUGAGAGUGGCCCAAUUCAACCUCAGCCGAUGAGACCUUCUCCUAAUACUCAGCCUGUGGGACCACCCGGACCCCCUCAAGGUCCGCCUGUCCACAUGCCACCUCAGCCUCACAUGCAACAACCGCCACCAAUGCAGCCAUAUAAACCGCACCCAGGACCGCCUCCAGUGAACGUGGGUCCACCUCCUCAACAGCAACAGGUGCCAAUGCCUCAACAACCUCAUCAGGGCCCACCUCCGGUCAUGCGUCAGCACCACCCCCAACCACACCCGCAGGUGCCGCCCAUGGGUCACGGAGGAGGCGUACAUCAUCCUCCUCCGCCUCACCACCAUCAUCCCCCACCCCCACAACAACAACAGCAACACCAUCAUCCUACUUCAAAGCAAAAUAGGAUCACGUCUUUACCAAAACCAGCGGGGGUAGAUCCUUUGGUGCUUUUGCAGGAGAGAGAAAAUAGGGUGGCAGCUAGAAUCGCAGCUAGGAUGGAACAACUAACGAAUCUGCCAUCAAAUAUGUCUGAAGAACUUAGAAUACAAGCUCAAAUUGAACUGAGAGCGCUGAGAUGUCUGAAUUUCCAGAGGCAGUUGAGGACCGAAAUUAUUGCUUGUACCAGAAGAGAUACUAUUCUAGAAUCGGCUAUGAAUGCUAAGCAAUAUAAGCGCACUAAGCGGCAAGGUUUGAAAGAAGCCAGAGCGACUGAAAAAUUAGAAAAGCAACAAAAAAUGGAGGCCGAACGCAAGAAACGUCAGAAACACCAAGAGUUCUUGAGUUCGGUGCUGCAACACGGGAAAGACUUCAAAGACUUCCACAGAAACAACCAGGCGAAACUUGCUAGACUAAACAAGGCUGUCAUGAAUUACCACGCAAACGCCGAGAGAGAGCAAAAGAAAGAACAGGAGAGAAUAGAAAAGGAGCGAAUGAGAAGAUUGAUGGCCGAGGAUGAAGAAGGUUAUAGAAAGUUGAUCGAUCAAAAGAAAGACAAACGAUUGGCUUUCUUGCUGUCACAGACUGACGAGUAUAUCAGCAAUCUGACGGAAAUGGUGAAACAACACAAAUUAGAACAAAAGAGAAAGCAACAAGAAGAGGAAAAGCGAAAGAAGAAGAAAAGGAGAAGGAUUGGUCCGGACGGACUCCCGGAAGAUGAUGAUGGCUCUCAAGGCUCUGACAGGCCGAUCAGCGUGAUAGAAAUCACCACGGGGAAGAAACUAACCGGAGAUGAUGCACCGAUGCUAAGUCAACUGCAAGAGUGGCUGAUGCAGAAUCCGGGUUGGGAAGUUGCCGACACUGAAGAUGAAGACUCUGACGAAGAUGAUGACUCUCACCACGGGCCUAGGUCCGAAGCGGACAAAGCGAAAGACGUAAUAAAGAAAGCUAGAGUUGAAGAUGACGAAUACCACAAAAACUCUAUCGAAGAUCAAACUUACUACAGCAUUGCUCAUACAGUCCAUGAAAUUGUCACCGAACAAGCGUCUAUAAUGAUCAACGGAAAACUGAAAGAGUACCAAAUCAAGGGAUUGGAAUGGCUGGUCUCUUUGUACAACAACAAUUUGAACGGAAUUUUGGCUGACGAGAUGGGUCUUGGGAAGACGAUACAAACCAUCGCCCUGAUCACGCAUCUGAUGGAGAAGAAGAAGGUUAAUGGUCCGUACCUGAUCAUUGUACCACUAUCCACUCUCUCAAACUGGGUCUUAGAAUUUGAAAAAUGGGCGCCAUCUGUGCUCGUAGUCUCAUACAAGGGUUCGCCUGCUGGUAGGAGACAGGUCCAAAGUCAAAUGAGGUCAACUAAAUUUAACGUACUCCUAACCACUUACGAGUACGUUAUCAAGGACAAGGGGGUUCUUGCCAAGUUACCAUGGAAAUAUAUGAUCAUAGACGAAGGCCACAGAAUGAAGAACCACCACUGUAAGCUGACUCAAGUUCUGAACACUCAUUAUCUCGCACCUCAUCGUUUACUUUUGACUGGUACUCCACUACAAAAUAAGCUACCAGAGCUUUGGGCAUUGCUUAAUUUUCUUUUACCUUCAAUAUUCAAAAGCUGCUCCACUUUUGAGCAAUGGUUUAAUGCACCUUUCGCUACCACUGGAGAAAAGGUUGAAUUAAAUGAAGAAGAAACUAUCUUGAUCAUCCGUCGAUUGCACAAGGUUUUGAGGCCUUUCCUACUUAGAAGACUGAAAAAGGAAGUGGAGUCACAGCUUCCUGACAAAGUAGAGUACAUUAUAAAAUGUGACAUGUCCGGAUUACAGAAAGUAUUAUACAAGCAUAUGCAAGGCAAGGGAGUUCUACUCACAGAUGGUUCUGAACGCGGAACCAAGGGCAAAGGUGGUGCCAAAGCACUUAUGAACACGAUUGUGCAAUUGCGAAAACUGUGCAAUCAUCCGUUUAUGUUCCAAAAUAUUGAAGAAAAGUACUGUGACCACGUCGGUAUUGCUGGUGGCGUAAUAUCUGGACCUGAUAUAUAUCGAGCGUCUGGAAAAUUCGAGCUACUGGACCGAAUACUACCGAAACUUAAGGCUACCAACCACAGAGUUCUUCUCUUCUGUCAAAUGACGCAACUGAUGACUAUAAUGGAAGACUACUUGAGUUACCGUGGAUUCGGAUACCUUCGUCUGGACGGAACAACAAAGGCUGAAGACAGGGGAGAUCUGUUGAAGAAGUUCAACGAUAAGCACAGCGAGUAUUUCAUCUUCCUGUUGUCCACUAGAGCCGGUGGUCUGGGGUUGAAUUUACAAAGCGCUGAUACUGUGAUUAUAUUUGAUUCUGACUGGAACCCGCAUCAAGAUCUCCAAGCGCAAGACAGAGCUCAUCGGAUUGGCCAGCAGAACGAGGUUCGAGUCUUGAGGUUGAUGACGGUAAAUUCCGUAGAAGAAAGAAUUCUUGCCGCUGCCAGGUAUAAGUUGAACAUGGACGAAAAAGUGAUUCAAGCUGGUAUGUUUGAUCAAAAAUCAACUGGAACUGAGAGACAGCAGUUUUUGCAGCACAUAUUGCAUCAAGAUGGUGAUGACGAAGAGGAAGAAAACGAGGUACCAGACGACGAAACGGUCAACCAAAUGGUAGCCAGAUCUGAAGCUGAAUUCGAGCUGUUUCAAAAGAUGGACCUGGAGAGGAGGAGAGAAGAUGCUAAGUUGGGUUCGGCAAGAAAAGCUAGAUUGAUGGAGAUCAGCGAGCUGCCUGAUUGGCUCGUCAAGGAGGAUGAUGAAGUUGAUCCAUGGAACUAUGAAGAUAACGAUAGCGUGCUUGGUAGAGGCACAAGACAUAGGAAGGAAGUUGAUUACACUGAUAGCCUGACCGAGAAGGAGUGGUUAAAGGCUAUCGACGAAACUGGUGAGUUUGAAGAAGAAGAGGACGAGGACGAGAAGGCAAAGAAGAAAAAGACAAGAAAACGGAGGAAGAAAGGUGAUGAGUCCGAUACUGAAGUGAGCUCAGGCAGCAAUAAGAGAAAAAGCAGAAGUCAGGCUGUGGUAGAUUCUAAACUGAAGAAGCAAAUGAAAAAGUUGAUGUCUAUUGUGAAUAAGUAUACAGAUAGUGACGGUCGAGUAUUAAGUGAACCUUUCAUGAAAUUACCACCAAGAAAGGACUAUCCCGAUUAUUAUGAAAUAAUCAAGAAGCCUAUAGACAUAACUAAGAUCCUUAACAGAAUUGAAGAUGGAAAGUACACUGAUUUUGCUGAUUUGGAACGUGAUUUCAUGCUGUUAUGCCAAAAUGCACAAAUUUACAACGAGGAGGCAUCCCUGAUACACGAGGACAGUAUAGUUCUACAGUCAGUUUUUUCCAAGGCAAAACAACGGAUAGAAGCAGAUGGGGAUUCUGAUGUUGAGGAAGAUAAGGAAGAAGCAGCUAAAAGUGAUACAGACUCGACAGUGAAGAUGAAAAUCAAAAUAUCAAAAAGCAAGAACAAGUCGAGUAGCGGCAGCAGUGGGAACAGUGGCAAUAAAAGGAACAAACGUCAGAGGAAGUAUAUUUCUGAUGACGAAGACGAAGACGACGAUUAACAUUGAAAUAUGGAAUUUUAAAGUUGUUUCUUUUUCGUGUAAUACGUUUGUAGGAGGAAAGUGCGACGCUGCGCAUUGUUAUAGCUGCAUGUAUUUCAAUAUUUGCAAUUUUAAUAUGCAUGCAUGACAUCAUGGGUUGAGUAUUAUGUAGGGUUAUUACACGUAUGCACAAAUUGCUGUCGAUCGCGACAAACAUAUUAGCACCACAAUGAUUGUGUUACGGUUUACAGUAUACAGAGUGUCCCAACAUUCCGUGGACAUGUUUGUAGACACAAAAUUACGUGAUUUACUUCAAUGCAAAUGUGCAAGUACAUUUUUGCAGAUAUUUUUGGAACCGAUAGACUGAUUUGAAUAAAAUUUGUGUUGCUGGACGUCCUAAUAUUUGACUUCUACAAAAAAAAAGUAAAACUUUUUCGCAACCCUUCCAACGACUCUUUUUUGUCUCUUAUAAAAACAGGCUCUCGCAAAAAAUGUUUUUCGGAUUUGGUUUCUAAACAAUGUUCUUAUCACAUCCAGCGUUAAAAUCUGGUAGUAAUCUAGUUGGCGGACAUGUUAUGUCACUGUCAGAUUAUUUUUGACAACAAGCUUCAUACAGGGUUCGGCAAUGAAAAGGGAAGAUUUCGUAAAUAAUUUUUAUUUAGAAAAAUUUUUUUUUGUAAUUAGUAAUACCUUAAUGGGAAAUAAAAGAGUAGCCAUUUGAUAUACUAUGUUAAAAAAAAUAUCACAUCUGCCAAAUGUCCUCCAUUGACACCAAAGUUCUGCAUAACUCUUCGCAGCAUAUCAACAGGUAUUGCUGCAAUCUCGUCACGAAUUCGUUGUGUGGCUUGUUGCACCGUCUUGUUGCAAAAGUGUGUUUUCAUUAACUGGAAAGCGGUGAAGUUGAGGUGUAAGGAAGUUCCGAAUCAUUGCAACGUAUCUCUCAGAAUUAACGGUAACGGCAUUUUCAGCCUCAUCCUCAAAAAAAUACGGACCGAUCAUUCCAUUGGCAGACACUGCACACCAUACUCUCACUUUCUGAGCAUGAAGAGGUGAUUCAUGAAGCAAACGAGGGAUCUCCUCCGCCCAGUACCUGAAAUUUUGGUUGUUAACAAAAUCGGAGAGGUGAAAGUACCUCAUCACUUAUCCACAAGUUGUUAACUUGGUCAUCAUUUUCUUCCAACCUGGUAAGCAUAACCUCACAAAAUAUGAGACGCUGUUGAUAAUCACCCGGGUGAAGAGAUUGAACAACCUGUAUUUUAUACGGGUGAUAUCGAAGAUCUUGAUGGAGUAUCCUUCUCACCAAUCUGUCACUAAUUCGAACCCAACUAACAAUUAUCACUCCGAUUAGAGUUGCAAGAACGAUUAUACAGAGUUCCUUACACAGCAUUGUAUGCUGUAAGAACAUUGGCAAAACGCUCUUAGAACAGCUAUAUAAGCGGAAUGGCCACACCUAAUAAGACUCUUCAGUGAUUUAAGAGGUUGUAUAAUGGCUGCAGGUAACAGUUAUACAACAAAAGUGCA